GGGGGCGCGGCCGGCACGUGACGAGAGGGGAGGGCACGUGAGCAGCGGGCGGUGAUGGCGGAGCUUGUGGCGGGGACGGAGCCGGGCCUGCGUCAGGAUCUGGUGGCGGAGCUGCGGGGCCGCGACGGGCGGACGCGGACGGUGCGGGUGCCAUACCCGGUGGCGGAGGAGGGCGAGGCCGCCCAGCUGCGCGGGCUCCGGCGGGCCCUGAGCGAGCUGCAGGAGCGGGUGGUGGAGAUGCUGGCCCCGGUGGUGCAGGAGGAGCGGGCGGCGGCGGGCGGCGCGCGGCGCGGUGAUGGCGGAGAUGACGACGACUACGAUGACGACGAGGAGGAUCAAGGCGAAGACGAAAACAACUUGGACACGGCGGCGAGCGGCGAUGACCCUCCCCUGAAGCGGACGAAGGUGCAGCAGCCGUGAGGAUGGCGCUAGAGGCCGGGUCUGCGCCAAGACAGUCCCGUUCGGCUGUACCGACUGUAAGUGUCCCGGGCCCGCUGCACGGGCCGGCUCCUGCGGCGCUGCUGCUCCUGUUUACAUGCGAAAUGUCCAUCCCGACAGUUAUGUUUUAAUGCGGAAACCUGACCGAAAGGAUAGGCCUGGGUGCGAGGAGCGUGUUGCUUCCAGGGUGCCAGUGUUAUGCUGACAACAGUUUUUUGGUAAACUAGUUGACAAGUGUAAAACUUUUCUCACAAAUCUUCUGAUUGGUAUGUUUUUUAAUAACUUAUUCCAAGUCACAGUAUUUUAUCAUGUGACACCACUUUUAAAAUAAAGGAAUAAAAUCUGAAAAGAGUUGUUUUGUCAAAUAUGAUCUUUAGAAGUACAAGACAACUUGUAUUUGUAUGAAGAAAAAGCAAUAUAAGACCACUAUAACUAUCAAAACUAACAAGCAUGUGUAGGACUGUGUCCAUUCCUGUACAAUCCUACAGUGGAAGAUUAUUUUUGCCUAUCAUCUUCAAGGUUUAGUCACCUAUUAAUCAAGAAUGCCUCUGUGAACAGGUGUAAAACACUUGAUAGUCAGUCCAUAGAGCCUAAGAAUCUUCUCUAGCAGAAUUUAACUGCUUGAAUGAAUAGUGGGCAAAGCUUUUAUUUUCACUUUGUGUUCUGCUGGCAUAAGUUUGUUUAUAUAUUAUGGAAACUGAGCAAAUCUUGAGACUUACAUAUGGAGGACAAGGUGUGGAAAUAAAUGAAUUUUUAUAAGGACAAAA